AUGACCAAUUCCAAGACCAAGGUCAAUACCCAGUCCAAGAUUAUGUCCGAGACCAAGUCCAAGACCCAGUCUAAGACCAAGUCCAAGAUCAAGUCCAGACAAAAGCUAAGAUCAAGUCCAAGACCAACACCAAGACUAGGUCCAACACCAAGCCAUUCUUCUCCUGAAUUGUCUCAUGGUUCUAGCGCUGUGGAUGGCCUGAAUGGCGGAGGCGACACGUUGGCUCCAUCGGCAGUUGCUGACGUUGCGGUGGAGGAACACUGCUACCCUCCUUCUGCUACUGUGGACACCCUUCCAAAAUCUGACUGUAUUCGCCUAUACUAUCAAAAUGUUAGAGGUCUGCGCACCAAAGUCGACGACUUCUUCAUCUCAGCCAGCGAUGCUGAAUUUGACGUGGUGAUUCUCACCGAGACCUGGCUCAAUGACCGGUUCCAUUCACCGCAGUUGUUUGGAACGGAAUAUAAUGUUUACCGCAAUGACCGCGACCCUCUUGGCUCGGGCAAAUUAAGAAGUGGAGGUGUGCUUAUAGCAGUUUCAAAACGAUACAGUUCUUCUGAGUCAGCAGUUGUCGAUGAUCGUGAGAUUGAACAGCUUUGGGUUAAUGUGAAUGGAGGCAAUCGAACUAUCUGUCUAGGCGUUGUUUAUAUUCCCCCCGUUUUCUCUACUUCGCUGAAGUGCGUCGAGCGACAUAUAGAUUCUGCAUUCACGUUAUCCGAGAAACUAGGACCAUUAGACUUUCACCUACUGUUCGGUGAUUACAACCAACCAGGCCUUCGUUGGAAUUGCCCAGCUUCUGGAAAAGUUCGAAUCGACCAGACUAACUCAGUAUUCACUGCUGCAAACAGUGCGCUCGUGGAUGGUAUGGCAUUACUCGACAUGCAGCAGAUAAAUCCAUUCACGAAUGACCGUGACCGGGCCCUGGACUUGGUGUUUGCUAAUGUCAAUGCAGUCAAUCAGUGCGAUGUAAUUCAACCACCUGAAGCCAUUAUCAAAAUCGAUCCGUUACAUCCUCCAAUUCUUGUCACUCUUAGCUGUCCACCUCUCAUUCGAUACGAAGAGGUACUUGACGAACGAGAGUUUGAUUUCUAUCGCACCGAUUUUUCUGGCCUGAACGAAGCUUUGCAUUCAACGGAUUGGUCGUUCCUGGGUGGGGUUGAUGUGAAUAUGGCUGUAUCCCUUUUUAACCAACUGCUUCUAUCAUUCUUUCGUGACUUCGUCCCUCGACCCAGGCCUAAGCGGAAACCACCCUGGUCAAAUUCAUGGCUUCGUCGUUUAAAACGUAAGAGAUCUGCAGCACUGAAGAAGUACUCCCGUUUACGGAACGAGAUCACCAAACAAGAGUUUGUUAGAGCCAGACGUCGAUACAGAACACAUAACCGCCAUCUCUACUCGAGAUAUGUUUUGCAAAAGCAGCAACAUCUUAAAUUAAAUCCCAAACGUUUUUGGUCAUUCGUUAACGAGAAGCGCAAGGAAACUGGACUUCCUGCCCAAAUGUCACUAGGGGAUCUAUCUGCCAGCAAUACUGAAGACAUCUGUAAUCUUUUUGCUCAGCAAUUCUCUAGCGUAUUCGUCAGCAGCAGUACUUCAGCCCUUGACGUCCAGGAAGCUCUAAAGUUCGUUCCUGCAAACGUGUGCGAUAUAAACAUAACCAGUUUCACGCAAAAUGAAGUUGAAGCCGCCUUGAAGCAGUUGAAAUCAUCGGUAUCUCCCGGGCCGGAUGGAAUACCGUCGAUUAUACUGAAAAAUUGUGCAUCUACUCUUUCGAAACCUCUACAGUUUAUUAUUAACCAAUCGCUUCUUCAGGAAAAAUUUCCACCUGCUAGCGAAAGCAGCAAGCACGUGAACUCUUGUCUGCUGACACAUGUUCCGGUAGCUGAGGAUUCUGCUGGUCCAACGGUUCGGAACCGGCUACUAUUCUCGAUGAUAGUGCGGUGCAAUCCAGAAUUGGACAGAAUUGGAGGUUCUUGCCAACCAAUUUUGAAAACGCUGGAUAUAGAACUACUUACCACAGGCUACAAGCGUUCCUAUCUAUUUCUAAACAGAUGCUGA